AGGAAACCCAGCUAUGAGGAACUUUGUAUGACUUGCAUCAGCUUUCCCGACGGAGCAUUGAAUAUACUGUACAGUGCGGUGAUAAUUACUGGGAUCCCUCGUACCACGACCACACCUGGACAAGAUCUGCGUGGAUCAGCUCAGAUUCAACCAGACCAGGCCAAAGUUCUCGAGCCGGCCUGCAACUUUGGACUGCUGGGAUCUGUAAUGAUCAGAACCGUCUGAGCCAAGUGUUACAAACACUGAGGGGCAGCGUGACAGGAGUUGUCCGCAGCAGCGAUGGAACAGCUGCAACGUCUUCUAGUCCUUACCCUACUGGGUAUAGCAACGUCUGGCAAGAGCUUUGCAGAGGACAACUCGACUUCAAAUACCACACCACCAGUGAAAUCUGAAACAUCGAUCGCCGCCAUCGUGGCUCCUUGUGUGAUCGGGGGCGUGCUGCUGAUUGCGAUCAUCCUCACUGUGGUUAUCAUAAAGGUGAAGGGGAAGCGCAGGGAAGAGGGUACGUACAACCCCAGCCAACAGGAGCAGGUUGGAGCACGGACACAGAUCAACCACGGGCUGAAGCUGCCACCCGAGGAGCGUCUCAUCUAGCCAAGCUCCCGCCGCAGAAGAUAUCAUGAGGACUGCUGUUCAGAUUAUUGGAGUGAAAGUCUAGCAACAUUUCUUGUUUCUUUUGGGAAUACCAUUAAUUACAAGACAGAUUCUGUGACCUUUCUCCUUUUUAUGCAUUGCUCUUUGUGGGUCUAUAGGCCAACGAUGGUCUGCGGGAUCUGGUCAGUUGUUGCUAUUUCCCCUUGGCCCUUACACCUUUUGGUUAGGACUGGACUGGUGCAUUUCCACUACCCUGCAGCUCUCGGUGUCCCAGCUACAAGUGACAACUUGUGGACUGUUGUGUGCGGGUGCUGUGAUAACAAGAGAGGUGAGACUUGUGAUGGAUUUGUGGGGUGAUGGGAGGGCGGGAGAAAAUGGUUGAAAGUGCUCCCAAAAACCUUUGGAUGAGGGGGCUAGGCCGCGUUGUACCUGGGUCUGUGUCGUAUACCAUGAAUUAGAAAUAGACCUAGAACCAAUGGAGCAUCUCUCCCACAGCUGAAACAGCAGUGCAGUGAACUGAGAGUGGGUACUUGGCAGCCAGAAGUAACAUUUGUUAGUCUCACUAAUAUUAAUUUCAUCCAUUAGUCUAUUUCUUCCCAUACGAGGCACUCUUCAUAUUGUUAAGUUGUGUCAAUCCUUCCUGGUAGAAAGUUGCAGAUCUCAGUUAUACCGGUUGUUUCUCAAAGGCCCAUGUAAUUUAAAAUUUCUUUUGAAGGACCCUUGUACUGGAAACUACUGGAUUCUCCAGUUUGGCCCGUUGUGUUUUGGUAGUUCAGUAUUAAUGUAGUAUAAUUAACUUUAGGAUGCACCAGCUCUUGUGUGUUGCUGGCUUCACUCAUACCUUGCUGCACAGAUUUGCUCUGCAGACACUAAUAGGCUUUUUAAUCAAGUGGGUCCUCUAAGGUGGAGAUUGUUGGACACUGGACAAUGCCUUGAAGUCCAUUGGUGAGUGAAAAAGGACUAUAAGCAAAGAAUUCGAAGAUUAGUGGGCAUUGCACAUAUUUAUCUAGUGCUUUCAUGGGAAAUUUAUAAAUGCUUUUUCCUAUUGAUAACUUUGAUGCAGCUAUCUUGCACUAGACAAAUAUUUUGUAUAUAGAAAGGGAACUAAACUAAAUUCAACAAAGGCACCAGCAAAACAAUUUCUCUGGAUCACAGCUGCUUUCAGUGACAUGUGAAGUGAAAGGCAAAGUUAAAUCUCUUCCUGGUUAGGAAGCUAAUUGCCGUUAUGUAGACACUGAAUUAGGUUCUAUCAGGGCCCAAACAAUGUUUAGCCAACACACGCAGCAAUCACACUGAGAUUAAGACAUUCUUGUAAUAGUAUUUUGACUUCUCAUUUUUUUCUAUAAAAGUCAGAAACUACACAAUCUGUAUUGUCAUCACUAGUGUGCACUUUAUCUAGAAAAUCACUUAUUGUUUUUGACUUUUUCUCUAUGAUUGAUUGUUUAAAUGAAUAAUAGAAUUAUGUUCUGUAAACAUGGUCAUUCACCUUCUCAGCAGGGAUUGUGUCUAGGAGCAACUUACAGCAACUUGAUUAGAGCAUUCAAUAUUUAACUCAAUGCCAUGCAUUCAACUGAAGUGUUGACCAUUAACGGGCCGAAGUCUAGGUCUAGUUAUCCUGUUGCACUGUUAGCUUCACCUGAACAAUUGAUGUGUGUCUGUAAAACAGGAUGUCAGUUAAUUUUGUGGAUAGUGAAACAAAAGAUGGAAGUUAUGUGCUAACAAUUGCUAUGAUUUUAAAAACUACUCCUGAAGUGGAGCAGAAUGUGUGCCUGAACAAUUAAAACUGGUGCUUGCUCUGGAUGCUGGGAAACUUAAAACCAGGUUAAAUAUCCACAUGGCCACCACAUAAUCGAUCCUAGCUGCAUUUGAAUCUCAAAGAGCUAAGCUGCUGGGAACCCGAAACAGAAGGAAGCGAUGGCGGGAGCAGUCAGCAGGUUCAGCAUCGGCAGCAGGAAGAGAACCAUUUGCAGUUCGGGUUAAGACAACUGAAUAGUUUUCCCCAGUUGUGCUGUUGUGUCUUUUUAUAUGUAGGCAAAAUUUUGGGGAAUUUUAACCCUUUGAAAGUAAUUAAUGUUUUGAUGCAUUGAUUAGUCAGGACAUGAAGGGAUAUGGAGAAAAGGCAGGAGCCGAGAGGGAAAUGGAUCAGCCAUGAUGAAAUGGCGGAGCAAACUUGAUGGGCCAAAUAGCCUAACUCUGUCCCAGUGGCCACACAUUUUAAUUCCACGUCCCAUUCCCAUUCUGAUAUGUCUAUCCACGGCCUCCCCUACUGUCAAGGUGAAGUCACACUCAGGUUGGAGGAACAACACCUUAUAUUCCGUCUGGGUAGCCUCCAACCUGAUGGCAUGAACAUUGACUUCUCUAACUUCUGUUAAUGCCCCUCCUCCCCUUCGUACCCCAUCCCUUAUUUAUAUCCCCCCCCCUUUUUUUCCUCAUUUUUCUCCCUCUGUCCCUCUCCUACUCUCCACCCUCCUCUUUCUCCCCAGGCUUCCAGUCCCACGAUCCUCUCCCUUCUCCAGCCUCGUAUCCCUUUUGCCAAUCACCUGUCCAGCUCUUAGCUCCAUCCCUCCCCCUCCCACAUUCAAAUCUCUUACUAUCUCUUCUUUCAGUUAGUCCUGACGAAGGGUCCCGGCUUGAAACAUCGACUCUACCUCUUCCUAUAGAUGCUACCUGGCCUGCUGCGUUCACCAGUAUUUUUUGUGUGUGUUGCCUAUAUCUUAUUGUCUUAUUUACUAAUUGAUUCUGAAUUUGCACUCCUUUGUAGCUCUGUGUAUUUAACUUCCAAUUUAAAGAGGCAGUCAAAUGAUCUUUUAUGCACAUCUUUAUUCUGAGAAGGCAAGUUUAUUUCAUCAUCUGCAUUGACAAAUGAGGUUCUUGUCAAUUCAUACCAUUUUCCAGACACUUAAUCCACAAUCUUAUACCAUAUCUGGUCAUCAGAGUACCGAGUCACUAUAUUUAAGUCUUCCUCACCAUUUCCCAUCAGAGAUUUCAGCGCUGCUGAGUCUAAAAUAAAUGUGCUGUCUUAUUUGGAAUGUCUUUGAUACAGGUACAGAACUACAUGGCACAGAAUUAACUAGUUCAGAAACCAGUGAAAGUCCAGGCUUACUCCUUUAACUGGGGCUGCAUGCUUUGGUAAUACUGCACUUGGAUUGAGUGAGAGAGAUUUUGGAGGACUGAGGUAGGUUUUCCAUGGAGGAGUUGAAGAGAUGGUUUGGAUAUUUUAGCACCUGCAACAUACAAGGAUUACUGCACUAUUGAAGUGACUGAUAACAUCUUGUGGAUAAGAUGUUAUCAGUCAGAGCUACAUGGAGCUAUUUCAAAAGUGGGUUGGGGGAUGCUGAGGUGUUAGGAAGGUGUGUACGCAGCAGGUCAAUAAAUAUCCAUUACUUACUGCUUAUUUUUCAAAUAAACAAUGGAAGAUCUGAUUCCCUGUCUCUCCACAACCGUGACUACAAUUCAGAAACCAUGGCUCUACUUUGAAAUAUCCUCAAUUUGUGACAAGGAUGACAUAUCAUUUCCUCUUGAACAAAACAUUCCCUCUGAUACUUGCUGCUCCAUUCCCCCUACCAGGCCACCUGAGACACGUGAAGCCAGCAGCCUUUCAGGGCUGUAUUUCUCUUGGUUGAAACUAUUGAAAUAAUACAGAUUUCCGAAUGGACAAUAAACCCUGGAACAUGACCUCAUUUGUACAUGUGCCUUUUUUUUUUGGUUCUCUGUUUGCUCUAACUAUUUAAUAUGUAUUAUUUAUUUAAAACUGUAGAUUUUUAUUAUUGUGUAUUGCAAUGUACUGCUGCCGUAAAACAACAAAUCCCGUGAUGUAUGUCAGUGAUAUUAAACCUGAUUCUGAUUCUAACUCUGAGCACAGCUGCUGUGCACCCCACUCUUAAGUUCAUGCAAUUUUGAAAUUACACUAGCAUAGCCUAACUUUUGAAAUGUCAAUUCCCGACCAUCAAUAGCAUCAGCUCAAGCUCUUGAUGACUUUGGGGGAAAGAACUCUCCUUUUCCCAGCACACUUAAGAAGACGUGUCAAGGUAAUGAUUAUUAUAUGAGACACGGGGAGAGCUGGUGCUUGCCGAGCCAAAGAAACAAUCGAUAUUGACAUUCAGUCACUGAGGAAGGAUUAGAUCAUCACUAGUGGGGGACAAUAUAUAAGUUUAAUCAGCUCC